CCGUGUUAGAAGAUCCGCCCCUCUGUAGUUACCGCUUCCUGUAACAAAAUCUCUGUAACUGAAACGAUUCGCAUUGGCUACCAGCAGCACAGCUGUUUUUAGAGGCCGUACAUGUCAUCUAGUGGGCUUUAUCUGAAAGAAACAGAGGAUAAGAGAUCAGAAAACGUAGCUAUUUUUGCGUCCGUAAGCCAUUAAAGUGAAUCCUUAACCAGCUCGCCGGUUCUGUUGGCUAACUGGCGGUGUCAGCUAACGUUGGUUCAUUAGCUUUAAUAAACAUCCAGAUAUCAUUACAGUAAGGCGAACAGAAUAGUUGUCAGUGUUUGAUUAAAGCAUUAUAUUUAAAGGUUUUUGAUAGUUUAUGUCAUUAGCAACAACAGACAAUAACGUCCUCAACAAGCUGCAUAAAGAUGAUGGACUUCGUGGCUGGAUGCAUAGGAGGAUUUCGUCCUGACAGAAAGAAUCAGAUGCUUCAAAUCGCUAAUUGCUUGACAUGUUGUCCUCAGGUGUUGUUGGAGUCUUGGUCGGACACCCGUUUGACACAGUGAAGGUCAGGCUGCAGGUCCAGAGCGUCGAUAAGCCGCUUUAUCGUGGAACGUUUCACUGUUUCCAGUCCAUCAUAAGACAGGAGUCGGUGGCUGGUUUAUAUAAAGGCAUUGGCUCUCCCAUGAUGGGCCUGACAUUCAUCAAUGCGAUAGUGUUUGGUGUCCAGGGCAACGCCAUGCGUAUGCUUGGAGAGGACACCCCUACACACCAGUUUCUGGCCGGUGCCGCCGCAGGAAUCUUACAGUCCGUCAUCUGCUGCCCCAUGGAGCUAGCUAAGACCCGUAUGCAAAUGCAGGGCACCGGGCAGAAGAAGUCGUCUUCUAAGAAGCUGUACAAGAACUCCCUGGACUGUUUGUGGCACAUCUACAGACGAGAGGGCCUGCGGGGCAUCAACAGAGGAAUGGUCACCACGCUCGUCCGUGAAGCGCCUGGCUUCGGCGUGUACUUCUGGUCCUACGCCGUGUUGACGCAGAGCCUGGGUUGUGAGCCCAAUGACAGCUACAUGAUCCCCAAACUGCUGUUUUCCGGCGGCAUGGCCGGCAUCGCCUCGUGGAUCGUCACCUAUCCCGCAGAUGUGAUCAAAUCUCGGUUGCAGGCGGACGGGGUGGGCGGAGUCAACCAGUACAGCAGCAUCGCAGAUUGCGUGCGGCAGAGCGUGAGGAAGGAGGGCUACAUGGUGUUCACGCGAGGCCUCACCUCCACGGUGAUACGAGCCUUCCCCGUGAACGCAGCCACCUUCGCCACCGUCACGCUGGUGCUGACGUACGCCCGCGGUGAGGAGGAGGGCCCCGAAGAGUGCGAGCCGCGUCAUCCCGACCGGCACGAGUACGAUUCUCGCCGGUAGCUGCGAGAGGUCUGAGCCUUGGCUUCGGCACUUUAAAAACGCAUGAAAUUGACAAGCGAAGACCCCAUUAAUGCUCUGACUCCGGUACCGUAGAUCAGCCGUUCCCAGCUGCCAGUCUCGGAAUGUCUCGUAUAAAUAAGCACUCUUUCUGAAGAAGGGACAGUGAGAUGUAUUUUAUUUUUGUUAACUUAUAUUCCUGUUUGUAACUCCAGAUAUUAAGAAACAAACAGGAUGAAAUCGCCUCUGAUGAGAUUAGAGAUGUAUAUCUAAUAGAUGUGUAGCUUAUAUUCUUAUAAACAUAAAAAAAACCGCACAUUUGAUAGUUUCCAGGUCGUUUGUACAAUUUGAAGUCCCUUAUAUAUUUAGCAUAUUUUGAGAUGUGUGUUUUGCAAUGUGUCUGUAUACCAAUAAUUUUAUUAUUUAUUUUUUUUGUGUGUGUUUUUUUUUAUUUUUGGAAACAUUUUCCUGCCUUAUUGAAUGUUUUUAUCUGGGCCAAGGCGUCGCCCGAGUUUUACAUGAGCUUUGAGAAACUGUAGCAAAUAAUAAAUGUGCGGAUCUACGUUAAUCUAACCAGAACAACGCCACAGCUGUAGAAUCGUCAUCAUCACUCCGUCUCUGUUGGCUCGACAGUAGUAUCUACUGCAGACAAUAUCCCGUCUGGUAUGAGCCAACCUCCAGAAUUUGCUUUGAUUUCUAUAGAUGUUUGGUGUUUGUUACGUUUUAUGUUUUGUUCUACCAGAAAAUGUGAAGAUUUCUUACUGUAAUUCAGCUGCUGUACCGAAGGUCCAGGUGUGAAAUAUGUAACAAUGCACUGUCAUUAUUUAUUUUUUUUUUUUUCAUUUUGUUCAGUAAGUUUACAGUUUAGAAGUUGCACACGUAUUUAUGUAUUUAUUUGUUGUUGGUAACCGUGGUAAAGAAAAUGAGGCUCAGUUUUGAUUAUCACAGUUCUGGUUCUUUUUUUUUUUUUUUUUUUUUUUUUUUAAAUGAAUGAUUUAUGAUUUAUUUUCUUGCACGCUUUUCCUGACCUGCAGAUCAACAUGCAUGCAUGUUACUUGAGUUGCAUGUUAUUCUGUCUUCCCUUCUGUAUCUCAUAUUUAUACCCUGGAGAUACAAGGAAGUCACAAUUACUCAUUGAACGUUCCAGACUAGCUUUGUAAAUCAUUCGUCUUAAGAGGAUGGUUUGGGCGCCAUUAGAGAUUUCUCUUAAAAAAGUUUCUUUAUUUUAAGGAUUUUCACACCUCUUCAUCAGGGCAAAUAAUAAAUGCACUAGUUUUAAGACCUCUUACCUUUUUAACUUUCAAAAGUGUUGCAUUUUUUUGUUGUUGUUGCUCUUCCGUUCCCUGUUAUCUCCCCACAGCAUGUUGCUGCUGCUGUGGUGUGUUCAAGGUGAAGCACAGUGUUAAUUUCCUGCUAUGCAUCGCAUUUUGCACGUAAGACAAAAGAGAGGAUGUUGUUAGAGUUUGAUUCUAAGAGGCAAAUAAGAAAUAAGACAUGCAAAUGUGUGCUAAAAGUCAUUCCUGUUGGCUUAAAUGUGGUUCUGUUUUGGGUCGUGACAUAAUCUGCAAAGCGAGGGAAUGCCAACUCAAAAAAAAAAUAAAAUGAAAAAUACUUGAAGUUUGAAUUUUCAGCUAUACAAAACUGCUGCACUUUAUCUGUAUCAGAGAUGAAAUCACACUGCAGCUUUUCAUCUGUAACAAGCAUCUGAAAGUUUCAUUGAAGGAUGCCAACUGACUUCUUUCUUUGUGUGUGUGUGUGUGUGUGUGUGUGUGUGUGUGUGUGUGCCUAUUGCAUAAAUUAUUGUUUUGUAUUUAAAAUGAACACAUUUUUCUUUCAAGCGGCAGGCCAAUGUGACUGCUGGACACUGCUUGCUGAAAGGCUGUUUGAAGUCGUACGGUUAAUUCACAUACAGCCGGUCCUGGAUGGAGAUGGAGAUAUUUUUUUUUUUACAUUAUUUUGGGAAUUUCUGACCUCCAAGUAAAAAAAAAACUUUUACUGUUUAAUUAUCUUAAAUGCUGCUGAAAUGCUUGAUUAUAAUCCCAGCUCAUUGUGUUAAAGGACAAUGAAGAAAGCAGUUUCUUCCUAUUUCCAGCUCUGUGACAAUACUGUGUGAUUGUUGUCACAAUGAUGACAUAAGCCGACGUGAGAGAAGCAAUAUGUACAGGAUUAAAUAGAAAAAAUAUGAGACUUAUUUUCAAGUACGGCGUAUAAUUUUCCAUGAAUGAUUUUGGUCAGUUUGAUCUUCCUCUUGUAGAUGUUUUAAUGACAUAUUUUUGUCACGCAGAACCUGUUUGUGUCUGAGAGGGAAUAAAAACAAUUAACCAGC